ACGUGCUCCAGCCUGAUCGCCCGUUUUCCGUUUUCCGUUCAAAACGAUUUGCCGCUUUGCGGUUCUCGUGUAAACCUGGUACAGUAAACGGUUUGAAAACAAUUCAAGGCCAGUACAGCCCGUUUUCGUUCCGUUUCGUUCCAGUCACCAUAAAUCAUCUGCUUGGGAGACCUUUCACUGUCCUUUCACUGGCCAUUUAUUGUCUACAGCUACUAGUGGACUAGUAGUAGUACUGUUGGAUCAAUAAUAAUUAUUAUUCUUGAUUUGAAUCAUGAUUCGUGUGCUGAGUGUGCUGGUCUUAGCGGUCGUGCUUGCCGCCGUCCAGAGCUGUGUGCCUCCGGACUGCGAUCACAACUCGUGCGGAGGAUGCGGCAACGCAUGCUGCCUGGUUGGUUUUCGCAUCACCAGUGAGAUGACGUCGACGCAAGUCAAUGACGCAAUUGUGACGUCGCUGAAGAGUGGAGGUGCUGACGGACGCUACACGUUUGUUGGGGAUGAAGACCUCCGUCAGUACAAGAUUCCCGACGGCACACAGUUCCUUCUCCAGGCGAUCCACAGCACCAAGGUUCACCACUACAACGACACGCUGAACUUUGCCAUCGGCGAGCACGCUGAGUCGGGUCAUGUGAUGGUGCGCGGAUUCAGCAUCUCACAGAUCUACGGCGCGUACUGCGACGACGGUCAGAACUACAAGAAUGUCGUGGGAUUUAUCAAGGGCGUGACAACACUGAAAUGGGAAUCGGAGAUCAUGCACGGUUGCACGAACAAGACGCAUCCCGACACACAGCUGCGCAACAACUUCCCCAUGCAUCGCUUGCCCAGCACAGGAAACUGAGCAGGGUGUGUGCUUGCUCAAUGUCCUCUAAUGAGAGUAUUUUGUGCUGCUCGCAUUCAUCUCAAAUACUGGCAAUACUCGGUGUAGGUCCUGUAUUAGAACUUACUGAUGGUUGGUAGUGUUACAGCACAUGUAUUGCUUUGUGCAAGGAGUAGAUAUUUUACUACUCCCUGCAUGUCUUUGUCUUUGUUUAGAUACUACCAUAGAGUAGAGUGCAGGUACAUAAAGCCCUCCCAACCGUGUGUCUUCAGGCCGUGAUGUCAUCGUUCUUGCAUGAUGACAUCAUCUUGUGAUCACCACUGUGGAGUGGUGAUAUCAUACAUGUAGUAAUAGUCAUCUGUUGAUUGUUGGUGAAGGCAAAUAAUUACAAACUAUUCAAUACCAGAA